AUGCCUGUCUACAAUUUGUCCCAAAUAUUCUGUUUUUUCCAGAUCAAUUUCUCCAAGUCCUACCAAAACGUGGUAGAAGAAAAAAGGCGUUUCAAUAUUUUCCUGUCGAAUUUGUUGAGGAUCGAAGAACACAACAAAAAUUUCAAUCGUGGUUUAUCAACCUAUGAAAUGGGAGUUAACAAAUUUGCUGAUCUGACUCCUGAAGAAUUCAUGGAAAGAUUCAGACCCUUGGGAAAAACAAAUCUGAAGCCUCUGGAACAAGCAACACUCGAAUUCGAUGGAGACUUACCUGCUGAAGUUGAUUGGACCAAAAAAGGAGCAGUUACAGAAGUCAAAAGUCAAGGUUCUUGUGGAUCUUGCUGGGCCUUUAGUACAACAGGAUCAGUGGAGGGUCAUAACUUUAUAAAAACUGGAAAGUUGAUUUCUCUUAGCGCACAACAAUUGGUGGACUGUGUGAAGAAAAACGGUGCAUGUAGCGGUGGUACGAUGGAAGUAGCUCUGGAAUAUAUCGUGGACAAUGGCAUUAUGUCAGAAGAUGACUAUCCAUAUGAAGAUGGUCAUAUGUUGUGUAGAUACAACAAUUCAAAAGCUGCUGUUCGAAUAAAGUCAUACAAAAAUGUUAAAGAAAACGAUGAGACCGAACUUCAAAAGGCCGUAGCACUCGAGGGACCCGUUUCAGUAACAAUUCGAGUUACUGAAGAAUUUCAGUUAUAUAAAAGAGGAAUUCUCAAUGUCCCAAGUUGUGGACACUUCCUAUUGUUCCUUAAUCAUGCAGUACUUGCCACUGGAUAUGGUUCACAAGAUGGUGUAGACUACUGGAUUGUGAAGAACUCCUGGGGUACUGAGUACGGAAUGGACGGGUACAUAAGGAUGUCUAGAAAUGCCGACAAUCAAUGUGGAAUUGCAACCAGAGCUUCUUAUCCUGUUCUGUAGAAUGCAAAGGAAUGUUUUUAUCUACUCCGGGAAUAUCUUAUGUUAUAUGUCAUGAAAAUUAUUAGACCCCUAAUUUACUGAAUUUUAAGUGUUUCACAUUGCCAGAGAAAAAUUAAACGAAGACCAAUUCAAAGUGUCUAUCCUGAAACUCUUCUGCUUCAGAAAGAAAUAUUUCAUUGUAACGUUCACCAAACAGAUAGAGCUUCUUUACGCGUUCAGUGUUUGGUUGAGGAAUCGUUAUCAUACUUUCCGGCAUAUUCGGUUAAGAAGAUCUCAUUUACGAUAACUUUGAAGACAUGGCCUUCAUUUCAUCUUCUGGCGGCGAAGAGUAACGUAUAACAGUACCUCCAAUCGUUGAUAAGAGAAUCUGAAAAAACACCAGCAGCCCGUGUAUGAACGUUUUUCGGAUCCAAGAUAGAUCCAAACCACAUGUACGAACUGUACAAAAGGAUCAGAUAUCCCAAAGAAGUCUUUCAAAACUUAUAUCCUUAAUAUACAUUGCAACAAUCUCAUAUUUCGAGAACCAAUAAGGGUACAUAUGUGUAUGUCCACUGCUAUACAGUGCAUUUCUCUCAUGUCCCCCCCCUUUAUUUUUUGAACGGGUCAACUGAAAGAAUUGAAAUUUGGGAUAUUGAGAUUAAUAUAAACCGAAUGGUGGGUUUUUCAUUCGUCCAGUCCGAUAAAUGUUAUUGUCUACGUCCACAAGAUAGUCUAAGUCCAUAUUAAUUAUUAGAAGAGUACGUGCUCCAAGUUUGUCCCGUUCCUGGUCGAAGAAAACUGCAGCUACAGCUCGACGAGAAACUGACAGGCAAAUAUUACUUACAUUUGACUCAUUCUUUUGAAAAUCACAACUUUUUGCUUCAGAAAUACUGUUUUAUUAACAUGAUACAAUUAUUGAAUUUUGAGUUAAUCCAUUCAUAAUGUAAACCUGAACUGAGUAUACUCUGGUGAGGUAAUUUUAAUACCAUUCCUAAUAGUUAUUUUAUGACAGGAAUCUUAUAAGUAAUAAUUUUCCUGAUAUUUUUACCUGGACUAUCCUUAGGUAAAUGAAAGCGUACUACGAUCAUUAUUGGAUUAUUACAAUUUGUUUUACACAUGAUUAAAUGGCAAAUUUGGAGUA